AUGAGUCAUAUGCAGAAGCGUCAUGGUCUUUUCGUACCAAGUCCCAACAAUCUCAUAGUGGAUCUGGAGACACUGUUUGGCUACUUUCAUCUCGUGAUAUUCGACUACGCCGAAUGUCUUUUCUGUGGCUCUGCACGUAAAUCUCCACAGGCGGCCCAGCAGCAUAUGACGGGCAAAGGCCACUGUCGGAUCGAUAUCACGAAAGACGAAUCGGAGUUCAGAGACUUUUAUGAUUUCCACGAUGUUCCGGGAACAGACUCGGAUGAGAAUGGAAAAGCGAAUAAGAACCCCAAGGAGGAUCGCUUCAUUGACGUCGAUGAGAAGACUCGGCGCUUGGCAUCGGGGAAGAUCCUGUCCCAUCGGAGCGCCAAGAAAGCUCGAGCAUAUCGACCUGUCAUGGUGGAUGACCAAAGCACGACCGACGUAUUGUUGGAGGAAGGGCAAGCAUCGAGACGUGCAACAUCUAAAACCCUAGCGUUGAGCGGAAACAACAAAAAGGAAUUGGCAUCGGCUGAGAGACGGGAUCUAUUAUUCAACAAGCAGCUGGCCACCUUACGUCCUGGAGACAGACAGGCAUUGAUGCAUCUGCCUCUUUCACAGCAGUGGGCUUUGGUGGCCAAGGCUAAGAAGCAACAAGAGAAGUGGAACCGGGAGCAGAUCGCGCAGGAGAUCAAGCGACAGCUAAAAGCGAAUCCAUAG